AUGGAGACUCCCAAUGACACCACCCCGGCGUACUUCACCCUCCUAGGGCUCUUCGGCCACACUCAAGCCCACCUGUUCCUGUUCUCCGCGGUGAUGGUGAUCUUCACUGCCUCCCUGAUGGGCAAUGCCCUCAUGAUUCUUCUCAUCCACGGGGACCCCAGGCUGCGCACGCCCAUGUACCUCCUGCUCAGUCAGCUCUCCCUCAUGGAUACGAUGCUGGUCUGCACCAUCAUCCCCAAGAUGGCAGUCAACUACUUGAUGCGCACGAGGACCAUCUCCCCGGCAGGUUGUGGCUCCCAGAUCUUCCUGUUCCUCACCCUGGCGGGGGGCGAGUGCUUUCUCCUGGCCGCCAUGUCCUAUGACCGCUACGUGGCCAUCUGUCAGCCCCUGCGCUACCACGUCCUCAUGAGCCCCAAGCUGUGCUUGCACCUGACCCUGGGCUCCUGGCUUCUGGGGGCCGCGGACGGGCUGGUGCAGGCGGGCGCCACCCUGAGCUUCCCCUUCUGCGGCUCUCGGGAGAUCGACCACUUCUUCUGUGAGGCGCCCUCGCUGCUGCGCCUGGCCUGUGCGGACACCGAAGUCUUCGAGUCCUUCAUGUACGUCUGCUGCGUGCUGAUGCUCCUGAUCCCGCUGUCCCUCAUCUUGGCCUCCUACGCGCUCAUCCUGGUGGCCGUGCUCCGCAUGAGGUCCACCACGGCCAGGAAGAAAGCCUUCGCCACCUGCUCCUCGCACCUGGCCGUCGUGGGGCUGUUCUACGGGGCCAUCAUGUUCAUCUACAUGCGGCCCAAGGCCCACCGCGCAGGAGAAGGGGACAAGGUGGUGUCCGCCUUCUACACCAUCUUCACGCCGGUGAUGAACCCCCUCAUAUACAGCGUGAGGAACGAGGAGGUCAAGGGGGCCUUGAGGGAGUGGCUGCAGAAGGGCGUGGGGUGA